AUCUUGUCUUGAGUAAAAUUGUUGGUAAAAUGGUGAGGUUCCACUUUAUAUGCACUAAAAUGGAGGUAGGAGGAUAUGGGUAGACAUGUUCAUAGGCCGGAUUGGACUGGGUUCAGGCUAUAUGAGAGAGAAUCGACAAUUGAGGUAGGACCAUGGGAGGAAGGUGGUGCAAAUUUUGCAUAAAUUUUUGAAAUGCAAAAUUUAUAUUGUUAAUGAGUUCAAAUGGGACAAAAACUCAAAGUGUAAAAUUUGUAUCAGGUAAUAGAGUAAAUCAUUGUUAGUUUGUUGCAAACAAUCAGAUGCAAAACUGAAUUAAGUGCAAAAUUUGAACAUGGUUCAGGUUUACGCUGCAACUAAAUGCAACCUGAGUGAGUACAGGUCACUGCUAGAGAUGCAAAAUUUGAGCGGUGCUAGUUGGUACGAAAGAUUUCCAAUGGAAAACGAUGCUCUGCUUGAAUCAGAAGAACCUAGCUCUUCCAAUGGUAGCCAUGGUUUUCAAAACCGGACUGGACUGGAAAGUUGGACCGGAAAAAGGGAACCGAUUUCAUUUUACCCUAAAAUCGUUAUUUUGCCAAAAACCAUUGAUUUGAUCAAUAAAUCGUUGAUCUGGACAUUCAAAUCAUUCGAACCGUCCAACGGUUUUGACCAUUUUUUAUUUUUUUAAUCUUUGUCAAAAUGGGCCAUUUAUUCAGUUUGAACGAUUAGACCAUUCAACCUGAGAACCAGACCCUGAUUGGUUCGUUGUCCGAUCCAAUUCUAAAAACCUUCGUGGUAGCUUUGAUCGUCAUCGUACGUCAUAUUCACAGACUGCAUAUUAUCGUCAAUCCCAGCAGCUCUUUUGGUUUUUGUAUUGGGGUCCUUACUAUGCUUUAUUGUUCGGGAUCGUCAAUAGGAGCUAGGAAUUCCAGCCUUGCAGAAGUUGCUAAUGGGUACCCAUUUAUUCCCAUAUACGGUCCAGAUUAACAGGGCCUGGGUCCAUAAACUUCGGGCCUGAUCCUUGUUGGUCUGACCAUGAGUUCCCAUGAACUGGACCUAGAACCAAUAAACCUGGAACCUGUAGGUGGAUUGACAUGGACCUCGUCCAAACUUGCGCGUUGAUUUAUGUAAUUAGAAAUGGUUUGAUGGAUCAUUAUUAUUAGUGCCGCAACUUGGGCCAGGUUAGCCCAACUCCAAUUUGAAAAUGUCGGGUUGGGUUGGAUCAGGUUGAAUUUGGAUUUGUUUUGAAAAAUAUGAACCCAAGAUGGAUUAAGGUUAGUCUGGUAAGGUGAUGUUAAUUGUUAAGUUUAAUUGAGUUUAUUUUGAUGAAUUUGGGCCAUGGGCUUUUAUGGACUUUAAAAGAACCUGAUGUGAUCGACUCGGACUCGGACUGCAAUUCCUGCAAAGUAUGGGCUUCUUGGCUUUUACAACGGGAGCUGUCUCUGAGACUAUUUUAGUGGGCCCAAAAUUUUGAAAAUAUAUCCUUUGAAAAGCUGAGUCGAUCGUUGCGUUCCUCCUCCCCGAAGACUUGGAACUCAGCUCAGCGAAGAGCCGAAGACGACCAUGGCGGCCAAACUUGUAUUCGCGGACGAUGAGAUGAUGAUCGACGAAGGUAUCGGUUACCCAAAAGCCUACGCGAAGCUCUGUCGAGAUCCCCAUCUCAACCCUUACAUUAAUGGCCCCCCUUUCACCUUCAUUCCUUAUGUUUUACCCACUCAUGAGAUUUCAAGAGCUCGCGAUUUUGAUGAUUUGUUUCCUAUAAUCGAUCAUGAAGGAAAACCUUCAACGGAACCAAAAAUCUACGCCAGUCUUCUGUGGAAGCAACUCGACCACCUUGGGAAUGCUGGCUUUGAUCCUGCAAAAUUUCGAGUAGAUCCAUAUGGUAAUGUUCUUUAUUACCAUGCCGAUCCGGCUUCUCCUCUUGCUUGGGAGAUCGAUCAUUGGUUUCCUUGCUCAAGAGGUGGACGCACUGUUCCAGGCAAUUUGAGGUUGCUACAGUGGCAAGCAUGUAGGAAGAAACAUAACAAGUUGCAAUUUCUAGUUCCAUGGUGGGAUCUUCAAUUGGGAAUCUCUGUAAACCAGUUCCUGUCUAUAUUUGCUUCUUCAAAUUCUGACUUCAGGAACAGAGCAUUCUCACUACUGUUCUCUCAUGGAGAAAAGGAAGAAUUGAAUUCUUCGCAGACUAUGGAGUCACAUGCUCUCCCACAACAUUUCAUGGAGACAAAAAAGUAUGCAGACCUUGCUCCAGCUGCCAUUAUUCUGUCGUGCAAGAAAUCUUUUGAUGCAUCCUCGCCUCUUAAAUCCAUUGAUCUCAAUAGGCGACUCAGAUCAAGCUCUCCUGCUAAUGUUAAGAGGAAGUCAUUAUUUGAUGAUAAUGAAUCCGUCUGCAAGUCAGUUCGGAGACAGUUACAUAGUAUCUCAACAGAAAAUAAUAAUCCUGACAUGGUAACGAACCCAUAUCUGGCAAUCUCCAUGGCCAGAGAUUCCCUUAGGCAGAGAGAGGAAGCACAGAAGAUGCAAUCAGAGAUGAAAAAACUGGACAAGGAAUUGGAUGAAAUGAAGAAGAAGACUGAAGUUGAGAGGCUCGCUAUUCAAGAUUUGGAGCUGUUACUAAUAAAACGUAAGAGAAAGGUUGAGAAAUGUAGGCGGCUAGCAGAAUCACAAUCCUCAUACAAAACUGUACUAGAGAAGAUGAUUCGAGAUGCCCUUCACCAGAGUGUCAUCUAUAAGGAGCAGAUUAGAUUGAACCAAGCAGCCACCAAUGUUUUGAUGGCAAGACUUGAAGCACAAAAAGAAAUAUGUGAUUCCUCAGAGAAGGAGCUCCUCAAAAAAUUCAAACAAAGGGAUGAGAUUGAAACACAGAUCAGGCCUCAAUGGGAACAAGCAAGGAAGAGAUCUAGAAUUGAUGGUACCCUUCAUGCAAAAGGAGAUUAUGGAAGUUUUCUAUACGGACCAAGAAUCAGGCCAAGGAAGCAUCAUAACAAGGAACUGAGUGUCUCUGAAGAAGAGCAAAAAUCAUCUGAAGCUGGUUACUAUUUCAAUGAACAGAAAAUACAAAAAGAAAUAGAAGACAGGAGAGAGCAGCUUGAAGAACACAGCAAGUCCCUUGUUGCUGUGGAGGAUGAAUCAAUGGUCAAGAAUAAGUUUCACAGAUUAGAGUUCCAAGAGCCAAACAAGAUGAUGAUUAAUGCACCAAAUUCAACUCUCCGACUCCGAAGCCCACAAAGAGAGGAGGAUGAAGAAUGCAGAAAACAACGCGGAAAAAGGAAGGUAGAGAGGUGGCUCCAAAUGCUUCUAGACAAUACUGAGGAGCUGACUGAAAAUUCUAAUGAACCUGAGACGAGCAGAGCCAACAAAACAAUAAGAAAGCUGAAUCUCAAGUAUCCACAGAAAGAGGCCAAGGUUGAUGAGGAGAUUGAUGAACAGACAGUCCACGAAAGAAAUUGUGGAGUGAGGAAAGAAGACAUUGUUGAGACAGAGACUAAUGACUUCAAGUUGCAGAAAACUAGUACAUUUGAAAUCAGCAUAGGUGAAGGCGUUGGGAGUAGCAAGAGCUUUGAAGGUAAGGCGAAAAAAGAGAGAAUUUGUUAGGCCUGAGAGUGCUAGAGUCUUUAGGUCAAUACCAUCUUCACCUUCUGUGAUCUUGGGAGAAAGAAAGGGAGUAGGUUGCAUACGGAAGAAGCCUCUGGUAUUUGGGUCUGAUGAUUGAUGAAGAUGUCCAUGAGAACAGCUUCACUGAUCGAGUCAUCCAUCAAGUGAAUCAAGAAGACAGUGAAGAUAUGAGACACAGUCUACUUAGUACUAUAAUCCUUGGAUUUGUAAUAUAAGCUUGGUUUAUGUAUUCCACAUAUAAUAUUAUAUAACUGCUUGUUGUUCCAUCUAAA